AUGGCAUGUGUGUGGAAAAUCGCCCGCAGAGACCGAUGUCAGGCGUUGGUUUUUAUUCUUUGUCUUUUCCAUCUGAGCUCAGUGACUGGACAGGCUCGGUAUUCCGUACCGGAGGAGCAGGCAGAGGGGUCGUUUGUCGGAAACAUUGCUCGAGAUUUAGGUUUGGAUGUGGCGAGGCUCAUAUCAGGUAAAGCUCGCAUUAUUACAAAAGGCAGCCGACAAUAUGUUGAUUUGAACCGAGACAAAGGCACCCUUGUUAUUAAAGAGCGAAUCGACCGGGAAGAGCUUUGUGGAAAGACGACGCCAUGCAGCUUUAGUUUCGAGGUUAUUCUAGAAACUCCAAUCCAGCUUUAUCCGGUCAGAAUAGUGAUCCAAGACCAGAACGACAACCCCCCCCAGGUUCUGUACCCGGUCCAGACUGGUGGCUCUCUGGUGGCUGAAAUGGUGCCUCGUUCAUCAGAAGUGGGCUAUCUGGUCACUAAAGUGGUGGCUGUGGAUGUGGACUCUGGACAGAAUGCCUGGCUCUCCUAUAAACUGCAGAAAGCCACAGACAGGGCGCUGUUUGAAGUGGGCUCACAGAAUGGAGAAAUAAGAACUAUCCGCCAAGUCACUGAUAAAGACGCAGUGAAACAAAGACUGAGUGUUAUAGUGGAGGACAACGGCCAGCCCUCUCGUUCAGCUACAGUCGUUGUUAACGUGGCGGUGGCGGACAGCUUCCCGGAAGUGCUGUCGGAGUUCACUGACUUUACGCACGACAAGGAGUACAACGACAACCUGACUUUUUACUUAGUGUUGGCUCUGGCUGUAGUUUCCUUCCUCUUCAUCACGUGUGUAGUGGUUAUUAUCUCAGUGAAAAUCUACAGAUGGAGACAGUCGCGCGUCCUGUAUCACUCCAACCUCCCUGUGAUUCCAUAUUAUCCACCACGUUACUCAGACACUUUGGGGACAGGGACUCUCCAGCACGUGUACAAUUACGAAGUGUGCAGGACGAAUGACUCCAGAAAGAGUGACUGUAAGUUCGGCGGAGCUGGUAGUCAGAACGUGCUGAUAAUGGACCCCAGUUCUACAGGAACGAUGCAGCGGAUACAGAGUGAAAAGAGCAUCCUGGAUGAACCAGACUCUCCUCUGGAGAGUCUGGAUGAGAGUCGUAAAAGUAUUAGUACCACAAAUGUGGGGUUUCCCUGA